GCUCUACUGUUGACACCACACCAGCGGGGAGACGAUUCUAGUCGGGUAACUUUGUACCAUUAGUUUACAUAUUGCAGACGUGGGUGUUUUUACUGAUAUUGAUACUGUAAUUAAAUAUCUAUCUCUGUGUGUCUCUUUUCUCAGUUGACUCGUCAUGGAGCGAUGCUUUAGUGUCAGCAGGGAUGGUUCUGGUCUUUGCUCCCCACCUCCUCCAGCAUCACCUCCUCCUUGUCCUCACAUCGUCCCUUCUCCUCGUCAUCCCCCUCCCAUUCCUCCCUCCUUCCCCCCGUCAGCCCUGACUGCUCCUCCUCGACAAGGAAGGCUGAGCCUUGCGGGAGCCAUGGUGGACGUCAGUAAGUGGCCCCUGUUCUCUCUGCUGAGCACUGAGGAACUAGCCACAGUCCGACAGGCCUGUGUCUUUGGAACCUCUGCUAAUGAAGCCAUCUACAUCACACAUGGCAAUGAGGUAUUUGUGAUUGGGUUAAACAGCAGUAGCUGCCUUGGUACAGGAGACAGUCUGAGCACCGUUGUGCCAAAGAAACUGGACUUCCUGCAGGGAAAGAAGGUAGUUAGCCUGAGCUAUGGAAGCGGGCCUCAUGUCCUACUGGCCACAGAGGAUGGACAGCUGUUUGCUUGGGGGCACAAUGGCUACAGUCAACUGGGGAAUGGGAAUACCAACCAGGGUGUGUCCCCGUUGCUGAUCACCGCCAACCUACAGAACAAGAAAGUGAGAGAAGUGGCGUGUGGCUCACAUCACUCCAUGGCCCUCACUCAGGAUGGAGAGGUCUUCGCUUGGGGUUAUAACAACUGUGGCCAGAUCGGCUCAGGCUCCACAGCCAACCAGCCCUACCCCAGGAGAGUCACCGGCUGCCUGCAGGGCAAGACUGCUGUUGGCAUCACAUGUGGACAGACCUCCUCCAUGGCUCUGAUCGACAACGGAGAGGUUUAUGGCUGGGGCUACAAUGGUAAUGGACAGCUGGGUAUUGGAAACAAUGGAAACCAGCUGACACCUUGUCGCCUCGCUGUACUCCAAGGGCUGUGUAUGCAACAGAUUGUAUCAGGCUACAGCCACUGCCUGGCACUAACAGACGAAGGGCUGCUGUAUUCCUGGGGAGCAAACACCUACGGUCAACUGGGAACUGGCAACAAGAACAACCACCUCAGCCCUGUACAAAUCAUGGCUGACAAAGAGAGGAUUGUAGAGGUCGCAGCAUGCCAUUCAACACAUACUUCAGCAGCCAAGACCCAAAGCGGGCAGGUGUAUAUGUGGGGUCAGUGUCGGGGUCAGUCCAUCAUCGUUCCACACCUCACACACUUCAGCAACACCGACGACGUCUUCGCCUGCUUCGGCACACCCUCCGUCAUGUGGAGGCUCAUGUCUAUGGAGCAUGAUGGCUUCAUGACUGUUGCAGAGGCUCUGAAGAAAGAGUUUGACAAUCCAGAAACGUCUGAUCUGAAAUUCAGCGUUGACGGCAAGUGCAUUCACGUUCACAAAGCUGUGCUGAAGAUCAGGUGUGAGCAUUUCCGGUCCAUGUUUCGCUCCCAGUGGACGGAGGAUCAGCAGGAGGUGAUAGAGAUCGGCCAGUUCUCCUACCCCGUCUACAGAUCCUUCCUGCAGUUUCUCUACACAGACACCGUUGACCUUCCACCUGAGGACGCCAUCGGCCUGUUGGACCUGGCCACCUCUUACUGUGAAAACCGGCUGAAACGUCUGUGUCAGCAGAUCAUCAAGAGAGGCAUCACUGUCGGAAACGCCUUCACCCUGCUGUCUGCCGCCAUACGAUAUGACGCAGAGGACCUGGAAUUGUUUUGUUUUAGGUUUUGUGUAAACCAUCUGACUCAGGUGACUCAGACUGGAGCCUUCUGGCAGGUGGAUGGAGCAAUGCUCAAGGAGUUUAUCAGCAAAGCUAGCCGUUGCGGAGCCUUCAAGAACUAAGCGAUACUCUUAUAAACUAUAUUCUGACCAAGUGGAUGUGGUUGUGCUCCGACUGUAGCAGCAGAGCUAAAAAAAAAAAUUAAAAAAAAUAAAACAUAGGUCUGAUCACAUUCCUAAGAGAAAGCUUUAAAUAUUUACCUUGGCACAUAAGCAGCAUCAUUUACAAGAUGGGCUGGAAUUGAAGCUGCAUUAUCGAUGGAUCUGGAGUCAGCACUUUGGCCAAUUCCUGUGGAGUCGCUCAACAAAGUCAUGGCACCUUUCUCUGUCGCACUGCAUUGUAUUCCUGACGGGCUGUAUGUAUACUUGAACUCAUUUUUCUCUGCCAUGUUCUGACAUGUCUUCCUUUACUUCUGGAAAAGUAAAUAUGGACGACCAAAUACCUUGAAGGAAUAAAAAACAACUAUUUCAGUUGUUAGGGACCUGAAAGAGAUGUAUAGUUAUAAGAGCUUUGAUAACUAACUUAACACUGGCCAGGAUAUUAAUACCACUGUACUGAAACACAUCUUUGAGUUACAUCUGCUUUCCAUUUUUUUUUUAAUCAUUUGCAGUCUUUGUGUUUAGGAAAAAGAAACUCUUGGAUGUUGAACCUUUGAAAUGUAAUGUUAACCCUUGAAGCUAUUGAGUUGAUGAAGUGAAGCUGAGUCCCAUUUUAAGCCAUCAACAUGCUGUACCCAAUUGAUCCAGAUGCUACUGUGUCAUUGUUAUGGGUCACUUCGUUGGUUAUUGUAAUUGUUCUCUUAGCUGGUGUUCUGUACAUUUUGGAAGUUCAAAACCAUUAUGGGAUGUAGGAUGAUUUGUUUUAUACUCAAGUCUGUUUUCAUUUCCUGUGUUUAUUCUGCCUGACUUGGAAUUUCGCUUUUUGGCACUUUUAAGAAACUACAGUCGCUUCUUUGUCAUAUGCAGUAAAAUAUUAACAGUUCAAAUCAUUUAAAAUGCUGUGAAAGGGAAGACUAGAAAACGGAGUUAAAAUAUGUUGCACUAGAAAGCAACAGUAAACACUGAGUCACGGUUACGUUAACUAGCAGCUUUUUAUCCUUCCUUCCCGAGUGUAAAAGUUGUAAAAAUGUAUCUAAUGCAGAUUUAUGUUGCAGACACUGUAUAUUCCAAGGAUUACCUUAUAUUCCUUUUUAAACUGGGCGCUUUAACAAACAAACUCCUUCACGGAAACUGUUUAAAUCGGCUCGUGUUUGCUAAUGUUAUUUGGGCAACACAGCAGACUCAGGAAGACCAAAGUAUUCCGUAAUUCCUUGGUCAUUUCUCACGCUUUCUGCAGGUUUUUCUGUAGAUACAGUAAAAAUCCACAAAGCGCUGCAAGCUAAA